AUGUCAGACGAGCAGAAGAUUGUACAAGAAACCGUGGCGACCACUGUGGUUGAAGAAGAGCAGGCACCGGCUCUUCCCACCUCUGAGCCACCCAAGGACGACGUGGGUAAACCGGUCGAGCCUGAUGUCACCGAGGCACCGAAAACCGAAGAUAAACCAGCGGAAGAGGCUGCAAAAGAGGAGAAGCCAGCCCAUCGUAUUUUCAAAAGACCUACUCUAAAGUGGGGUAAGAAACGUGACGAACCAGCUGCUCAACGAGAACCUGAGCAGGCAAAGGAUAUUCGCGAAGAUGCCCUGGGAUGGCUCGCGCAACAGAUUCCGCCAGCUGUUCACAAGGUCAAUUAUUACGUAUUGGACUGGGCCCAGAAAUUGGCCUAUGGUGAUUCGGAGCGACCUCCUCUACCAGGCAAAGAUGGUUCAGUGACUCGUAAUCAGUUUUUGGCCUUUCUGCCUGGAGCAGUGAAUGUUGAGCCUGAGGUAACAGCAGAGGCGGCUCCGGUGACUGAGUCUGCUCCUGCAGCUGAAGCAGAAAAGCCGGCAGAGGCACCUGCUGAGCCCAUUUACGACCUUGAAACAGCCGGUAUUCCAAAUUUGUAG